AUGCCAAUGAAACUAGAAGGAAGCUGCCAAUGCGGCCUCGUAGAAUUUUCUCUCCAAUCCCAGACUCCCGUGCCAUACCAACUCUGCGCUUGUUCCAUCUGUCGCAAAUGUGGGGGUUACGGUGGAUGCGUUAAUCUAGGCGGUAUAGCCUCUACGCUCGAGAUUACCAAGGGCAAAGAACACAUCAAAAAAUACACUGCAACCGCCGACCGUGGCAAACCCACUGCCAAAAAAUGCACAUCCGAACGCAAUUUCUGCAGCGAAUGUGCAUCGAUGCUCUGGCUUUGGGAUAAAACAUGGCCGGAGCUAAUUCAUCCUUUUGCAAGUGCAAUUGAUACGGAACUACCGAUUGCGGAGGAAAUGGUUUGUGUGAAGGGGGAUAGUAAGCCGGAAUAUGUUAGGUGGCCGGAGGGAAAGAAGAAGGUUUAUGAGGGGUAUGGGGAGUUUAGUAUAGAAGAGUGGCAUAAGGAGAAGGGAUUGUGGGUUGCGUGA